AUGUUACGUGACGCUCACCCGAACCAACCAGUCCCAAUCGACCCGGUUGGAAAAUAUGGCGCCAGUAACCAAGAAGACGUCGACGAAGAUGACGAAGCCGGGUUCAUUUACCUGCCUCCCCAACGCUGGACGGGGACUCGCUGGAUAUAUGGGCUGUGCUGGUCCAUCCUGAUAACAGCCCUGAUUCUCGCAGCCUUCUUUUCCGGGCGGAGCACCGCUAUUCCUUCACCCACCGACCUCCGUGAAGCCGUCCUGACGGCCGACGGCAAAUCCUUCCCCUCUGGCCAGCUGACCUGGUCGCACAAGUUCACACCGCUCCCCUGCGGCAAGACGCCGGCGGAAGCAAAGGCGCGAGGCUGCCACUUCGACAUCAUCGCCACGGCCUGGCUGCCGCCCCGGUGUAUCGAUCACGAGCUGGCGGCCGAGUUCGCGGCUGUACAUCCGUGGCGUUAUUUCCGGGACCCGAACGGUACCGAGCCGUUGCUGGAUGAUCCUGACACGCUGGGGUCGCAGACUGGCCUUAUCUGGACGACGCAUCGCUGGCACUGGGCACACUGUUUGUAUAUGUGGAAGAAGUUGAAUAGAGCACUGGUGCAUGGGUGGGUGACGGACGCGGAGACGAUCAAGCAAGGGCAUACGGACCAUUGCGUGAAAACGAUUCUUCUGAUGGCAGAACCAGAUGCAAUCAGAAGCAUCGUGGAGAUCAUAUACCCACCAUGUUAG